AUGUCUCCGAAGAAGAAAGUUGCAAAUCGUCGGAGCUUUGCUGGCUUCUGGAGCAAGCUGCGCCACAAGAAUGGCCCUCAAGAGAGCGGAGAAGACUGUGGCUCUUCGAGUCAGAGCGCAAACACGACGAAUCCGCAGACUCCUGGCGACACCCUCGAGCCCCACGAGCCUGCGCUAGUCGGAAGGCCUGGUGUAAGCCAAACAAGCGAGCAAAACUCGGCGGACGGCGACUCGCUCUGGGAUCAGGCAUACAGUGCGCUUGAGAAAGAGGAUCCAGGCGGCAUCCUCAGGGCUUACAACAAUGCCUUGCUAAAAAUUUACGAGGAAUCCAAGGAGAAUGGCAGUAGCAAUCAAGCAGAAGGGCUGCCCUCAAUGCACGAUGCGUGUCAACGCCGAAAAGUCCUCGACACUGUUGCCGAUCUUGGUUUACGUCAAAUGAAGGACAAAGAAAUUGCUCGACGACUUUGGGGCCACGAGCUCAACCUCAAGAACACGGCCACCAAUGCCGCGUCGAUCAUCGAACCGAUCCAGAAGAUAGUCCAGGCCGCUGUGAAGGACAUCCCGAACGCUGCCAUCGUCAUGGCAGGUGUUUCGCUAGUUGUUCCACUCCUGCUGAAUCCCGGUGGCGCGGGGGCCGAUCAUCGCCAAGGAUUUGACUAUGUCACCUCCCAAAUGAGAUACUACAUUGAGAUGGAGACUUUGUUUCUGCCUUCUCAAAUGGAAGUCGGUGCCAAAGGCGAGCUCAAGCUGCAAAUUAGAAGCUUGUACGAAAAAGUUAUCGAAUUCGAAAUUCGAAGUGUUCUGCACUUUUUCAGCAGCCGGCCCUCGAGAUUCUUUUGGGGUAGCAUUUUCUUUGACGAUUGGAAAGGCAAACUGAAGGCGCUUCAAGUGCUGGAAAAAGCUGUCCAAGAAAGGCUCCAUUUGACCAUGUCUGGCGAGAGCAUGGGGCAGGUGAUGGAACUCCGGGGCGAGGCGGGAGUGAUACGUCAAAAUCUUGAUGGCAUUGGUGGCGGAGUGCAUGCCUUACUCAGCGUAGUGCAGCGCAUGGAACAGAUGAGCUUGAGCAAAGAGGAUCGGGAAUUUCUGGAGGCUCUUUGGGCUACCGAUCCGCGUCUUGCCAAGAAGGCUUUGCAAAGUGCAAAAGAAGCACCACAAGUCAGCUCAUACGACUGGGAUCUCAGCGACGACGACUUCCAACAAUGGCAAAAGGACGAGGACAAUCAAUUGCUAUGGAUAAGCGGAGAUCCUGGUAAAGGCAAGACUAUGCUUCUAUGUGGUAUCAUCGACCAGUUCAUGGAGUCGAAAACUGAGCAGCUCAACGUCGCCUUCUUCUUGUGUCAAUCUACUGAUGCUAGCCUCAACAAUGCGCCGCAGUCGUCCGCAGUCUUCUCUGGAUGCUGGUCAAGCAACAACCCGAACUUAUAUCGCACGUCCGAAAGAGCUGCGAAGACGGAAUGGGUAACAGACAGUUCGAUGGUGCAACUGCUUGGGAGGCAGUACUGGAGGUCUUUGUCCAAGUCCUCAAUGACCCAGCUCUACACAGCACUUACAUCAUCAUCGAUGCGUUGGAUGAAUGCGCUGACCGCCAAAGGGCACUUCUCGAGCUCAUUAUUAGUUUGUCGGCUUCCAAGAGAGCCAAAUGGCUAG